AUGGGACGAACACUCACAUACCCCAAGGGACUAUCAAACACGGUGAACCGAUAUAAGCACCGGGCAACCUAUGACCUGGGCGCAAUCCAUUCAAUUAUCAACAUUUCCCAGGUACUACAUGUAUCCUUUAACCCAGGCCCAGAGGAUCCAUUUCCAACCAUCCUGCCCAUGAUUGGUCAGAUGGGGUCAUUCGAAUACCCAUCCGCAACUAUCGACGAACCACUCGAAUGCUACCUACAUGGUUAUGUAAGCUCUCGCAUAAUGAACCUAGCGCGCAAUUCCGAUGGAAAGGGUCUACCAAUCUGUAUAGCAACCAGCAAAGUAGACGGACUUAUCCUGUCGCUCACGCCCAACUCGCACAGCUAUAAUUACCGCUCGGCCAUUCUGCACGGCUAUGCCAGUCUCGUCACAGACGAAGAGGAGAAGCUGUGGGCCAUGAAGCUAGUCACGAACUCGGUGCUCAGCAACCGUUGGGAGAAUACCCGUAUCCCGCCCGACCGUGCGGAGAUGUCAUCGACUGUUAUCCUGAAAGUUAAGAUUGUGGAUGGUAGCGGCAAGAUCCGCGACGGAGGUGUUUCUGAUGAGCGCAAGGAUACGGACAAUGAUGAGAUUACUGGUCGGAUCUGGACUGGUUUUGUUCCUGUCUGGGAGACUUUCGGCGAGCCUGUUCCUAGUCCUGGUAACAAGAUUGAGAAAGUUCCUGAACAUAUUACUUCGUUCAUUAAAAAGAAGAAUGUGGAGAAUCGUGCUUUGGCAGAGGGUUCGGUGGAGGUUGCUCUUCCUAAGGAGGAGACGUUUUAG